UGUUAAUUUUGGCAGAUUUUAGCGUGACAUACUUUAUGGAUGACGCCUAAGGUGCAGUAUGACAUUUGUCACGGCCCAACCUCUUAGUUUUUUUUUUAAACAAGAGGUUGGUUUUAACCUGCUGCGGUCAAAUGCCUGCUCCAGCAGGCCCUUUAGAUUAGUGCAUACGCCAAAAACGUGCCCCGCUCGGUCGGAACAGAUUUGAUUGAAUCCGGUACUUUCACUCGAGUAUCUUUCUUUGAAAGGCAAAUCCACCUUUCUCUCGAAAAAUACCCCGUUUCCAGCGCACAGUUUGCAGCUUAGCAUCGUUACCGAGCUCGUUGGUUGGAGAUUCUUCCGCGAUGAUCCGUUUUGUUCAAUUAGCAGCAGUGCAGCUGGCACUGCUCGGCCACUGCUGGUGGUGCUGCAUCAACGGGCAGCACAUUUCCAGCGAAUUCGAGUGGGGACAACGAUCCGUCCGGGAUUCGGUUUGCUUUAGCGGUUCUUUCAACUCAAUUCCGCAGUAUUUCAGCUGGACUCCCAUCGUCAAGCUGUUUUGGUUCGAGCCAAACAAUGAUGUUACCAAGGUGAGCUACAUUCGCGUGUGGGCCGACGCACCGUACCAGCGGUUCCGGGCGGCCAUGCUGAUGGGAGGAGUUGGAAGUCGGGCUCCGGUGCCAACGGUCAUUCUGGUUAGUCGACCCUGGAAGCUGUACGCGAAUGUUGUGGUUUACUGUCAGUUUUGAAAUUUUAGUUAAAAUAUUCAUAUGAAAUUUCGAAGAAUUAAAAUGUACUUGCCAAAAUGUUACAUGUCGCUUUUAUUCCUGACUGCAUCUACUUAAACAAAUUUGAAAGCUAUCAUUCCAUGAGCAAUGUUUACAUUUCUGCAACUAAUUAAUUUGGCCAACAUUCACUAUCUUGUACUUAGAAGUCGAACGUGCGAGCACACCAAACUAUCUGUAGCAACUGCUCACGAUGACAAGGUGCCAACGGGACAAAA